CUUCAGCUGACUUGACUUGUCUCUGAUCCAACCAACAUCUUGACAACACUCCUCCACCAGAGAGAAGUUGCAAAUCCGAAAUCAUCGAUCUUCAAGCCGCUGACAAAUCCCCCCCUUUUUGUUAUGGAUCUGCGAUCCAAUUCCGAGAAAGACAUCCACAACGCUGAAAAUGCCAGCCGAUUUCGAAAAGCAGGAGUACUGGCAUACUCGCUUCGCUACCGAAACCUCUUUUGAAUGGCUAGUAACAUCAGAAGUCUUCAUGUCAAUACUAGAUCCCUAUCUAUCACGCCUCAGUGCAUCAUCACGCAUCCUUCAUAUUGGUUUCGGAACAAGCGGGUUGCAAAAUCUCUUCCGAAAGAGAGGGUUUCUGGAUGUCACCAACGUUGAUUUCGAGCCGUUAGCGAUUCAGAGAGGGAUGCAGCUGGAGAAAGCCACAUUUGGGGACGUCAAGAUGAAAUAUGUCGUCGCCGACGCGACCAAGCUUGACAUGCAUGAGGCAUUCGACGUCGUCAUUGACAAGAGCACGGUCGACGCCAUAGCUUGUGGAGGCGACGAAGCACUGUUGCGCAUGGCGCGAGGGGUUAGGAAGUGCUUGACUGAGGGCGGUUUCUGGAUCUCACUGAGUUUCUCGUCUUCACGGUUUGAUAUGGAAGGGCUCCCCUUGGAUGUGGAUGUCAUUGCAAAAGUCCCGACUCCAAAGUAUCAUCCAAAUGACCCGGACGUUUAUCAUUUCUGCUACCUUCUUAGACCAAAGAUAGGCUAGCUUUUUUUACGACGGCAUCAUCAAUACAUAAAAGCGGUUUUAGUUGUGGAAGCGAUUAGUCCGUGGAGGAUUCUCUUUUCAUUACCUUCACACCUACUACAUCUCAGGCCGUUACUGGAAUCGACAAUGACAGUAGAAAUUGAC